AUGUUCCUCAGCGGCCUCUUCUCGCCGCUCUCGCGCGCGGCGUUCGCCCCGGCCGGCCCAUCACGUGCAUUCUCCGCCACGGCGACCGCGCAGCUGAUGAAGACGCACAAGGGCGCCGCGAAGCGCUUCAAGAAGACGGCGUCGGGCUUGUCGCAGUGCGGAAAGCAGCACCUCAACACGGGCUUCUCGGCGUCCCGCAUCAACCGCCUCCAGAAGGCGACGUACGCAACAAAGUCGCAGUCCAAGACGCUCAGCAGGUUACUCCCGUACGCUUAGAUGCAUAGACUUGGCGUGGAGCCGUGGGCGGGAGGCGGCGGACGUGACCCGCUCGCCCGAGUGAUGGGCUUGUGGCCGGCGUGGAGUAGAGACGCUCUAGAUGUCGCUGACGGACCACGGAUGCGCUGACUUCGUGUGGGGAUGCCUGUUUUUGGCUGAACCAUCGCGUGCACCUCUCCAACCCCCGUCACACCCUCGUAGACAUGCCCAACGUGCAUCUGACGCCCCCAUGCCCUGCCAUCUAGGCUAUAAUGCAGUAUCUCUGUACACAUGCUAGCUCGACUACUUCUUGUCCUUGUCUUCCUUCUGCGAGUCCUCGAGGCUCAUGGCGAUAGCGCGCGCGAUAGCAGCCUCCUCGUCCUCGUCCUCCUCGU